GAACAAGUUCCAGUGCUGUUGUGUCUCCAGAGUUUUGUGGGUGAUCGAGAACGAGGAUUUGUGUUAGACGAUCGAAAUUAUUUCUGGAAAGGAUUAAACGUUCUGAAGCAAUAGAAGCAAAAAAAUGGUGUCUGGAAGUUGUAUCGCUGCUACUUUGGUGGUUGCCGUGGCCCUGUUUGGAUCCAGUGCACUCGCCCGGCCAGGAUAUGCUGUGGAUUAUUAUGAUCACCCAAAGUAUGCGUUCAACUAUGGAGUCGCGGAUCACAGCACCGGUGACGUGAAGUCUCAGCACGAGACACGUGAUGGAGAUGUUGUGAAAGGCCAAUACUCGCUGGUUGAACCGGACGGUUCCGUACGUACCGUGGAUUACACGGCUGAUCCCAUCAACGGAUUCAACGCGGUCGUUUCGAAGACCGCCCCACUGAUACACCCCGCACCCGCCCCGGUGGUCAAACAUGUUGUUCCGGCUGUCAAGACGGUCCCACUGCAGAAGGUUAUCUACACGCACGAACCACUGGUGCACGUCUCCAAGACCGCCCAUUACGCUGAGCACCAGCCAGCUUACAGCCAUUAUGGUGACUACAAUGAUGGUUACUAUGGCCACUACGAUGAUGGGCACUACUACUAAUGAGAAGCAGUUCUGAAAAAGGGCGAUUCUCGUAAGCCACUUGUUUCCAAAAAAUACAUGAAUCUUAAAGUUAGAGUUUCUAAAUAGUAAUAGGAUUUUUGCGUUUUGCAGUCGAACAACUUUUCCCCUCUUCCCUAUAUAUGUAAAUAUUCCCUCUUCCCAAGCUGAUCUCUUUACAUUGUUUGUAAACUCGUUAGGUGUAUACUAAACAACGAAUUAGUUUCUCCUCAACAUCGUUAAAUUUUCCAAUUGAGUAAUAAUAUCCAUUUUAAUCCAAUCUACAAUCGAGCUCUGUUUCCACUCUAGUAGUAUAUUAUAUUUUUGUAUGUUAAAUUUGUCAAGCUACCUUAACAACUUAAUAUUUUGAAAUUAUAUUUAGUUUAAAUUCAAAUAAUAAUAGAAAGAUGCGAUAAAUAUACGUUGUGGAACAUAA